CGUCCUCUUCACCAUGGUCGACAGCGGGCACACCGAAAGAUCGCUCUUCUUCACAGGAUCAGAUGACGAGCGUGACGAUGAGCUCGAAUACGUUACACUGCCGGAUACUCACCGGUCUGUGGAGGCACUGAAUCCAGAGUCGCAACCGCAAACAAACUCGCUCUUUUUCGCGGACAGCGGAGACGAGGAUGAGAAGCCUCCUCCGUCACACUUGAUGACUUGCCCUGAGAAUUUUGCUGGCAUGCUGCACAAUGUGCCAGACUUGAACGAACAAAUGGAUGUCGACAUCAGCGUUCACGGUGUACCCUCCAGCAGAGCCUCGAGCGUGUCAAGCACGUCUUCUGCCCGGCCACCUGCCCCAUCGUCACGAGCAUCGUCAGCCGUUCCAGAAGCUUCCAACGAGCCACCGCGAAAGAGACGGAAAUUGUCAUUUCCAGCAUCGGAGGGUGGGACCAACUUCGCAUCUGCCUAUAUUGGGUCGUUCCUCGUAGCAGAUGCCUGGAGUACAGUCCGUGGCAGAGGAUUUGUGAAGCCCGCGGAUGAGAUUCGCAUAGAACGAGAUAGUUCAUCAGAGCCUACUAAGCUGGACAAGAAGGCUUCGGCCAGGAGAGAUCCCAAGACUAAAGACGGGAAGAAGCAACUAUCCAUUGCGACUAUGCUGAAACCCGCAGCGCCGAAACCGACUAAGAAGAAGCAAGAUAUAGUAGUCCGGUUGACUACCAUGCGUGGAUUCGAAUUCGCACGGCUCCCUCAAGAAGUCUCCACCUGGGUUUCCAAGCUUUUGGACCUCGGUAUCGUAGAGUUCAAAGGCAGCACGGUCGUGGAUUGUCCGCCUUCACUUCACUCUGGCGCAUCGAUAAUCGUCUCGUUGUCCAUCUAUCUUAAAACAUCUGCGUUCAGGCCGCCGAGUACAUCUGCAGAGGACGAACCAUCCAAACCCACGUUCAACGAAGGUCAAGAAAGUCUAGACGAGCAGAUCCUUCGCGAACGCAAGAGCUCGCUAAUACACCUCUUUGACAUCCUGAACCUCAAACCGACCAAACGUGGUAGCUUCCGCGGGGGAAAGAAGAAGCAGUUAAGCCAAGAAGACCUGAGGCUUCUAGCACAAAAGGCGAGCAAGGCCAAGAAGGGUUCACAUACUGAGAUCGUCGGCGACGGGGAAGAGAUUGUCGUAGAAGCCGACGAAGAGGAGCUUUCGGACAAUCAGCUUAACCUUAUAUAUCGCAAGGCGCAGCAAAAUGAUACCUUUAUGGGCGAAAUGAACCCUAGCGAUACCUUCACACUGACAUUGCGAACAUACCAAAAGCAGGCGCUCUGGUGGAUGUACAACAUGGAGACAAGCACCGACUCGGCUCGCCACGAGCAAACCAUGCAUCCUCUCUGGAAAGAGUAUACAUUCCCUUCUGAUCCUCACCAGAGCCAAGAUAUCAUCGACUUAACCGUAGACGACAGGCCGUUCUAUUUCAACGAGUAUUCUGGAGAACUGAGCCUCGAGCUCCCCAGAGCGGAACGAAAAUUCAGAGGCGGGAUUUUGGCGCAAAGAGUAUUGGGGAUGGGUAAAACCAUCAUGCUCAGCGCACUCAUACAGACUGCCAGCGAGCCGGAGCCUCCAGAUCCUACGGCCCGCGCGUCGAGGCGAAAACAGCUCCGACUCGAUGGCGCCUUUCGCAAUCGUGGCGACACCGCCAAGUCCACAGAUGUACCUGGAUUGCCCUCUACAGGCCCUUCGGCAACCCUCAUUGUCGCGCCAACAUCGCUUCUCACCCAGUGGCAUGACGAAUUAUCGCGCUCGAGCAAGCCUGAUACGCUGAAGGUGCUCGUCUGGCAUGGGCAGAACAGACUUGACCUUGACAGUCUAGUCGAGCAGGGAUUAGAACAGAAGGGAAAAGACGUCGUAAUCACGUCAUACGGAACGCUGGUAUCAGAAUUCAGCAAAACUCAGGGCGACAAGCCGGCCAGUUCGGUAUUCGACAGUAAGUUUUGUCAAAGCGUAAUCCUAGACGAAGCGCAUUCCUGCAAGUCCCGUCAGAGUAAAACUGCGAAAGCGGUGUAUGCGCUUCGUGCGAGAAGGCGAUGGGCAGUCACUGGCACACCGAUCGUCAACAGACUAGAGGACCUCUAUUCUUUACUCAAAUUCCUGGACUUCAAACCUUGGUCUAAUUACACGUUCUUCCGGUCCUUCGUCACGCUGCCCUUCCUUGCUCGAGACCCCAAGGCUAUCGAAGUCGUGCAAGUCAUCUUGGAGAGCGUCCUGCUGCGACGUGAGAAGAAUAUGCGCGAUGCGGAUGGACGCAUGAUCGUCGAGCUGCCGCCGAAGGAGGUCACGGUUGAAGAACUCGAGUUUUCGCCUCUAGAGCGCAAAAUUUAUGACUCUUUGUAUCAUGACGCUAAACGUCGAUUUGAGAAGCUGAGCGAGAAAGGUGUAGUCAACAAGAACUACACGCACAUCUUGGCCAUGUUGAUGAGACUUCGUCGUGCAGUCCUCCAUCCUGGUCUUGUCCUGAAGGACUCCGAUGACCUUGCGAAGGCCAGCGCAGAUAGUACAUUCAUCGACCUACGUGGGAUGAUCCAAAGCUAUAUCGACAAUGCAAGCGGUUCAAGUACGCCCCAGGCGGCAAACGAUGAUGGCGAGACCAAGCCGGACAUUGGCAAGGGCGGAAACGCCUAUGCGGAAGAUGUCCUCAAUAAUCUAGGCCAGGAAGAGGAGGCAGAAUGCCCUAUAUGUAUGGAUGUCAUGCAGUCGCCGGUGCUGAUUCCGGGCUGCCUGCACCAAGGAUGUAAAGACUGCAUCACCGCAUGUCUGCAGCAAUGCAUAGACCGAGGCAAAGAAGGAUGCUGUCCAACCUGUUUCCACGAACCCGUAUCCGAGAGCGACUUGCUUGAAAUCGUUCGGACGGGUAAGCCUGGCGGCAAUGCGGUCACGCUGAGGAAGAACGACUUCCGGUCGUCGACGAAGCUAGAUGCGCUACUGCAAAAUCUGCGUGCCAUCCGCCAAACUGAUCCCGCCUUCCGCGCGGUCGUCUUCUCGCAGUUCACAACCUUCCUGGACCUCAUUCAGUUCGCGUUCGAGCGCGAACGGCUCAGGUGGUUACGCUUCGAUGGCACGAUGGACGUGCGCCGACGAAAUGAGGCUGUCGCGAGCUUCAAGGAGAAUAGCGAUGAGCCAAAGGUUCUCAUUGUGAGUCUGAAGGCAGGAGGUGUGGGCUUGAACCUCACGAAUGCAAACCACGUCUUCAUGAUGGACUGUUGGUGGAACUCUGCCAUCGAGAAUCAGGCUAUCGAUCGCGUGCACAGGAUAGGUCAAGAGAGGACGGUCCAUGUCAAGCACUUCAUAGUCUCCGAUACCAUCGAACGGCGCAUUCUGCAGAUCCAGAAACGCAAGACAGCCAUUGUCAAGGAAGCGUUCGGCGGCAGAGGCGACUCGGACAGUAUUGAAAAUCUCAGGAUCAUGUUUGGUGACGACUAAGAGGAAUGUCGUCCCUAACGCGUCUCGUAGCAUCUAUUAUACAAUCUGGAUAGGUAGACACCCAUGGCUAUUCAUUCGUGUAUAACAUGAACUGCGGGGUAGCAGCUAAUUGAACAUAAGAAUAUAGAUACAACGGUCGUUCAAGACGAUAGGAUACAACUGCUGAACACUAACAAUGUCCACCAGCGAGUGUCUCAGUAGCAGCAAACUUGACCAGCAAAUGACAUUCUGUAACCGACAGGACUCAGCUUGCUUUCACGCAAUUGGUUGGUAGGCCGUCUCCCCGAUCAAAAAAUGAACCACGUCGCCUUCUGCGAGGGUCAGCCUCACUGGCAGGCGAGGAUCAACCCGAAUGGGCUCGCUUUGGCCGAUGAAGAACGCCCCGCGCUGGAAGUUGCGUGUGAUGGCGGCAGCCUCCUCUUCAGUGAGGUUGCGGGGACGCUUGUUCGGACGGAACGUCGAGGUCGACGCACCAGCGGUAGUGGGGGUAGUGCUAGUUGGGGCAGAAGGUGCAGACGCGGGAAAGGUGCUGUAGUCGUAGUAGUUGGGGUGCGCGAGAGAGUGCAUCGGCGGCGGUGGGUAGCCCGGGAGCGCAGGGUACGGCACUUGGGCUUGAGCCUGAACUUGGGCUUCGAUGACGUCUACGUUAAGACUUGUGGUCUCGUGUUAGGUGAAGAGCAGGCAACGCACCUUGGUUUUGGGAGCCCUCCGCUUCAGGGUCGGGGUAGGCGCAGGUGUUGCCUAUGCCGCGCUUGAGGCAGCUCUGGCAUGGCAAAACCUCACUACACCUAGUCUUGCCGGCAUGGCAGGCCGCGCAUGCUCUCCGGACAGAAGGAGCUUUGGGCUUUCGUGUAUUCUCGGUUACGGGAGGGGUGACGGUGUCGCCGUUGUGGAUGGGCUGCUGGAGGCCGUCUGGGAUCUGCUGCUGUUGCUGCUGCUGUUGCUGCUGCGGGUGCACCUGGAGGUGUUGUGGGUCCUGCUGUUGCGGGUGCGGCUGGAGGCCGUCGUCCUGGCCGGACGCGUUGAGGGCCGACAUGAUUUGGCUGAGGGCACGGAGCUGAUCGUCGGGCUGGCACGGUCGCUCGGUCUGCGUGGGCGGGCAAGGUCCGAGAAAACGGUCAAACGGCGCCCCAC